AUGAAACCCUCAAUAGAAACUGCCAAACGGCGAGCGGACCGAAAGAUGAGUGCAAGCAUGAAGGUUCCCUCAGCACAUCGUCCAUCUUCCGAUCGGCUUCCCGAACGGUUCAAGGAUGGAGAUGAUGCUAAGUUGGAUUUCUCAGCGCCCCCAAAAGGCAUGGGAUCUCGAGAUGGAAACAUCCACUACAUGCAAACAUCUCUUUUUUCGAUGAUCGCCGCCGUAGGCUCUCGCUCCGACUUUCAGGCCCGAUUCGACGAUUCCAGCGAGGGUGAAGAUGACACUGUUUCUAAUGAGAAACAAAGAAAGGAUGAUGGAUCGGACCCAGCCCACGAAGCAUCCAUUUUGCAUCAACCUACCAGUGAGAAUAUCGGGUCCCAAUCUCAAUAUCUUCCUGAGGAACGAGGUCGUCGUUACCGAAGAAACAUAGCGGAGAAUAAGUUGGUGCAGAAGUUGGCUGGACGGGUUUCCAAGGACGAUGAGUAUGAGGCCUCUACCCCUAGUGGGUCAACGCUCAUGAUACCACCCAGGAGAGCACGCAGUGUUACUCCACGGGCAGCUCCCAUUCUUACCAGAAUGGUGCGAGCACAGAAUCGGUUUGAUACAGCCUCUGUGCCCGAGAAUCCCCCAUCUCGGCCAGACACACCAAGUGAGGAGCAGCCACAAACUGCAGGGUCUGCACUUGCCUCACGGCUUAUGGAGAUGUUCGGAUUUGAGCGCCCGGAAAAGGUAUUGGUGGAAUACGCCUGUGCAUUGCUACAGAGUAUGCUUCUUCAGGGCUACAUGUAUGUCACUGAGGGGCAUAUUUGCUUCUAUGCCUACUUGCCGCAAAAGUCAAAAGUAGCUAUCAGAUCAGGGUAUUUGUCGAAAAGGGGCCGACAGAAUCCCAAGUAUAACAGGUACUGGUUUGUUCUGAAAGGAGACGUCUUGUCGUACUAUGCCGACCCCUCGAACCUCUACUUCCCCAGUGGCCAUGUGGAUCUUAGAUACGGUAUCUCUGCAUCCCUUGUGGAACCAAAAACCCAAGACGCGGAGGUCAAGGACUUUCAGGUAAGCACUGACCAGCGGACUUACUACUUUCGUGCCGAUAGCGCCACAAACGCAAAAGAGUGGGUCAAGGCACUACAAAAGGUCAUUUUUCGAUCUCACAACGAUGGAGAUAGUGUCAAACUAUCAUUCCCUAUCCAUAGUGUGAUUGAUCUAGAAGAAAGUCCACUGGCCGAAUAUGCAGAAACGCUCAAAAUCCGGGUUUUGGACAGUAACGAGGAUUAUGCGAUUGAUGAAUAUUUCUUUACGUUCUUCAAGGAAGGUCAGGAGGCAUUCAAUUAUCUGAAAAGCCGAGUGAGCUUAUCCCCUGCAAGGAAUUUGUCUGAAAACUCGCGAGAUGCGAACCUUGAACUCGAUGCAACCGUCGCAGAUUUGAGGAAGCUCUCGCCUCCUGUCAAUCAAGACCAAGGGUCACGAACACGGAGUGAGAGUAUUAGCAACGAUCAACAGGAUUCCGCAGAUUCCUUCGCUCAUUCUGCGGAUCAAGGAACAGAUUCAUCGCAUAUCAUACAAUCAAUCACCGAAACAAACGAGUCGGCGAGUCAGAUCCUGAAUCACAGCGAUGUUUUCCAAUCACCAACUAUGCGGUCUUUACCCAGACGCUCAUCCGAUGUUGGUGAUGCCAGUCGACGCCGCUCUGAUGAUACGGCUCGAUUUAAUGUUGGUCGAUUCGGCUCCACCACCCGCCAAGAUGCCACUGGUUCUCCGGACCCAAGGCUUUAUUCCCAGAAUCAAUCUUCCAACAUUCCCUCAAACGAAUCUGCUAAGCUGGGUACAUAUCCCUUGCAGCGCGCCGCUGGAUUUGCCGAGUUCUUGAAAAGUAGAUCCAAGCAGAUGAGUAGCUUGCUAGCAACGGAAUCCAUGGGCUAUCUUGAAAAAGUAUCCGGCAUGUGGAUCGGAGGACAGAAGCAUUAUGGAGAGGCCGAAGGCGUGAUAUCGGGUGAUCGGGGUCUUGACCCUGAAGGGGAAGAGGAAGGCAGUUCCACCCAUGGUGAUCGAUUCCGAGCUCAUUUUGCGUUGCCGUCAUCGGAAAGGUUGCAAGCAACUUAUUAUGCUUACUUGCACCGAAUGCUUCCGCUGUACGGCAAGAUCUAUAUCAGUGAGAGAAAACUGUGCUUCCGCAGUUUGAUCCCUGGUACCCGGACGAAGAUGAUCUUGCCUCUCCGAGACAUUGAGAACGUUGAAAAGGAGAAUGGUUUCCGAUUCGGUUACCAUGGCCUGGUUGUUAUCAUCCGAGGUCACGAAGAGCUUUUCUUCGAAUUCAAUGCGUCUGACGCUCGCGAUGACUGCGCAGUGACACUCCAUCAACAUCUUGAAUCGGUCAAGUCCUUAAUGGAGUCGGGUCUACUAGCGGAAGAGGAACGCGACGAAGUCGAGGCAGCAAAGGCAGAGCAUCGUAUGCUGGAGGAAGCCCGGCUUGAUAAUCCUGAAGAGCAUGAAUCUCACCCGACUAUUAAUGAAGACUCGUCUGAGAUUCGCCCUUUCUUUGAUGAUCCGCGUGCCUCCAUCAUUAACUUCAAGCCCCCUCAGCCCCUGAGAAUCACCUGUCUGACCAUCGGUUCUCGAGGUGAUGUUCAGCCAUACAUCGCUCUGUGCAAAGGGCUUCUAGCAGAGGGUCACAUCCCGAGAAUUGCUACUCAUAAGGAAUUUGAGCCCUGGAUUCGGAAGCAUGGCAUUGAUUUUGCUCCCAUUGUUGGUGACCCUGCAGAGCUUAUGCAGAUCUGUGUCGAGUAUGGGAUGUUUACAUACUCUUUCCUUAAAGAGGCCCAUCACAAGUUCAGAGGCUGGGUUGACGAGCUCUUAUCAUCUGCGUGGGCUGGUUGCCAAGGAAGUGAUCUUCUGAUCGAGUCCCCCAGUGCGAUGGCUGGGAUACAUAUCGCCGAAGCUCUCCGGAUUCCAUACUUCCGUGGGUUUACCAUGCCAUGGUCGAGAACACGCGCGUACCCGCAUGCAUUUGCUGUGCCCGAGAAUCGUAUGGGUGGGUACUACAACCACAUAACUUAUGUGAUGUUUGACAACGUUUUCUGGAAGGCAAUUGCAGGUCAGGUAAACCGUUGGCGGAAGAAGGAGCUGGGACUCAAAGCGACCAACUUGGACAGAAUGCAACAGAACAAGGUUCCAUUUCUGUACAACUUUUCCCCUUCGGUGGUGCCACCGCCUCUCGAUUUUCCUGAGUGGAUCCGCAUCACAGGUUACUGGUUUCUGAACGAGAUCUCAGAUUGGACUCCCCCUCCUGAGCUUUUGGAUUUCAUCAAACGAGCUCGUGCUGACGGUAAGAAACUUGUGUACAUUGGCUUUGGAUCUAUUGUGGUCUCUGACCCUGCUGGUUUAACAAAUACCGUCAUUGAGAGUGUUCAAAAGGCGGAUGUUCGGUGCAUUCUCUCCAAGGGAUGGUCAGAUCGGAUACCUGAUGCCUCUGGUAAAAAGACAAAGGAGAUUCCUCUACCGCCAUCAAUUCACCGAAUUAAUUCUGCCCCGCAUGACUGGCUAUUCUCGCAAAUUGAUGCUGCGGUACAUCACGGAGGAGCCGGAACCACGGGGGCAAGUCUUCGAGCCGGAAUUCCAACUGUCGUCAAACCGUUCUUUGGGGACCAGUUCUUCUUCGGUGGCCGAGUCGAGGACCUGGGUGUGGGUAUAUAUAUGAAGAUGCUCAAUGCCAGUGUUUUAGGCCGGUCAUUGUGGGAGGCUACGCAUAAUGAGCGAAUGAUUGUCAAGGCUCGUAACUUGGGUAUUCAGAUUCGCAACGAGGAUGGUGUUGCUACUGCUAUCCAGGCUAUCUACCGUGAUUUGGAAUACGCCAAAACGCUUGCACGACAACGCUCGAAUUUCUCAGCCACUCCUUUCUCUCCAACUCCAUCCGCUCAAGCAUCGCCAGAUCAUGCCGAUGAUGAUGACAUCGAUGAUAUCGAGGAGUGGACUUUUGUAGGUGAUGAAGUCGAUCUUUCAAAGCGAGUCCGUGAUCGAGCUGCCUCGGCCGCUUCGGAGAUCUAG